AAUGCCUCUUGUUUUCUAAAGUAAAGACUAUUGUUAAACCGUUUCACGUCGUGUGUCGGAACUUUUCAAGGAAAUUGAAAGCAUGCCUUCGCACAUCUCUGAAGGUGGACAGAUCAUCAGGUCCGGCAGAAAUGUUUCCCAGCCAGUUAAAAGAAGCAAGGGUGGAAACAGCUAAGUUGCUGGAAAACCUGAAGGAAAAACUCCAUGAAAGCGAAGAGGCAUUAUUAGAAAGGACACAACUUGUGGAUGUGUUGGAGAAAAAGCUUGAUGGGAAGAAUCAGGAGCUAGCGUUGCUGGAAAACCUGAAGGAAAAACUCUGUGAAAGCGAAGAGGCAUUAUUAGAAAGGACGCAACUUGUGGAUGUGUUGGAGAAAAAGCUUGAUGGGAAUAAUCGGGAGCUAGCGGAGUUAGUUGAAGAUUUGAGCGUCAUUGAGAUUGAAAAUGAAGAACUCAAGGACAAGCUUCUGGCUGAAAAAAACGGAAUGAGAACCAAAGUCCGAAAUAUGACGGAAAAGCAUGAGGCAGAUUUAAAAAAACUCAACAGAAAACACAGGACUCAGCUCCGUAAAGUCAGUGAGAAACAUGCUGAAGAAACAUCACUGAAAGAUCAGUGCUGUGUACAACUUAACAAAGAUCUGCAACUUUUACAAUCACUUGCCUGUGCACCUCUUGCAGAACAGGCAACUUGUUCUUUAAAUUAUUGCACCAAACAGAAGAUUGGGGAACUGGAAGAACAAGUGAGGCUUAUGACGCAAGAGGCUGAAAAAUCAGAGGCCAGGUUCAUUACAAUGGAAGCUCAGUCCAAAUUGAAAAUCAAGAAGAUUGAAGAGGAGCUGGACAAUGUACAGAUUGUACCUUCUCGGCAGGAGCUGCUGGAGCUCAAAGAUAUAGCCGUUGACUUGGAAGAGGAGAACGAACAGUUACACCUGAAAGUGAACUGGCUGCAACACGUCGAGUCACAAAAUGAGGGUCUUCAAGCAAAAUUGGAAGAAUAUGAAGAGCAACACCAGAACAUGUAA